AUGAGAUUUCCAUACUGGGAUUGGGCCAGCCCAUCCACUCUUACACAUGGCAUACCCUCGGUCAUAUUUGAUGAGUACGUUAAUAUUGACAACCCAGUCAGAAAGAACGUUAAGAUCAGAAAUCCUCUCCGUGCCUAUACUUUACCGGAAGAUCUUGGAAGCUUAGGGCUUGUUGGGGAUGAAUCUAAUCCAACACAGAGACCUUAUGUACCAGAUGCGACUAGCCCUUAUACACCAAAAGGAUAUGCGACAGUCAGACAUCCGGAUACCAAUUACUUUACCAAUGCAGAUGCCACAAAUCUUGAUGUUAUUACUUCUUGUAGCUCCGUAUUUCGUCCAAAUAUUUAUCAGGUUUUUUUGGUUAAUAACUGGCGCGAAUUUAGCAAUCAUGGAGAUCCCGCCGAUGGAAAACCCGAUUCGAACUAUGGUCAUUAUUCAUCGAUUGAAGUUGCUCAUGAUGCUGUUCAUGGGGCGGCAUGUCAUCCUGAAGCGUGGAUAGUUGGUAACGAAGAUACCGAAGGUACCUUCACUCAAGCUGUAAACAAACGUAUUGAUGAGAACACUCCUCUUACACCAUUUCGGAAAGCCGAAAACGAUUAUUGGACCUCAAAAGACGUGAGAUAUACUAAAACCCUUGGAUACAAUUAUCCUGAACUCCAACACGAAAAGGUGGAUCCUCGCGGUCUUUUGCUUGAUAUGUUGGAUUAUUAUCAUCCAAAUUUAUUCUUGCAAUACCAUUGGAGGCUUACCUUAAAAGUUAAGAAAAAUAAGGUUGGAUUACCAUUUCAACUUCGCGUCUUCCUUGAUUUGCCAACCGCGAGUCCUUCAACCCCUAUCACCAGUCCGAAUUACGCCGGCUAUAUAUCAAUAUUUGCUCGUGGUAGAGAAACACAAUGUGCUAAUUGUGCUAAUCAAAAAGAGGCGGUAGUAAACGGAAACGUUGAUCUCACUAUGUGCAUGAAAAGACUCUUUAUCGAUUUAAAUCCGGGAUCCCGUGGUGACACAGUUAGUCAAAGUUUGACUCCUAACCAAAUAACCAUUUUGGCCGUUUUAAAUGAUGGAAGUGGAAUAAGUCUUGAAGAAGUCGGUUUAAUAUCUGCAGAUUAUUGGGUAUACGAUGAAGGACCUAAGUACGAUCAAGAAUAUGAAAAUUGGAGCAAAAAACAUGUGGGGCAAGUUUAUCCUCAAGCUAACAAUUAG